UAGGUCUUUUAUUUUUGUUUUCAACAGCCGCCGCUCAGUGUAUCCCUGACCCCCAGGAGUGGUUGGAUAGACUGGUUUCGGAAGCCCUGGCAGGAGGUGAUUUCCAAUGUGCUGAUGAAGAUCUAAUGAUAAGAUUUGAUUCUCUUCGUACAGAAGAUACAGAUCCAGUAGCUCUUAGUCAGUAUGGGAACUUCUGGACUUGGGCGGGUGGAAGCUAUUCUAUGGAUGUCUAUUGGAGAAUGGCCCAGGAAAAUCAGGACCCAAAAGCAUUUGCAGAGGCAAUCAUGAAAUAUGUUGGUUUUGAUAAUUCAGCUGUCGAUGAUGCUCACCGGUAUCAGCUGACAGUUUUCUCUAAAUCUGGGAACUCAUUUCCUUUCUCUCCUUUCCAACCUACCUGGUCCAAUUUAUUCGGAUAUCUUCAGAGUUUUGAGUUCUGCAAGUUUGAGGGAGAUAACGACCUCUGUGCAGGAGAGGAAUGGGAUGUCGUCUUUAACGAGGCUGUUCGAACAAACCUCACAAGCCUCACUGCCUCAGGGGUCACAGACUGUCCAGCUUCUUUUGGAUGUGCGAACUCUCAGUGUUCUCAAUCUUUUUGUGAUAUGAACAGUCAUCUGACAGACGAAAGAUAUGCAAACGGAGUAAAGGGAGCCACCAUGCUGUACAGAUCAUAUACCUCAGAAGAUGGAGUUUCUAUCCCAAUGUUGGAUAUGAUUGACGACCAAGCUAGAGCUUUCUUUAACGUAGUAGUUGGAGCCACCUGGUUAUUCACAGGAAAUGGAAACUCAAACAAUGGAAUAGAAGAUACUGGUCCGGAGUAUAUUGUACGCGGAGAUGUUCCUUUAACUCUGAUUGGUGGAGCUAGAAAAGCUAUCUACCCCCCUGCAGCAUAAGAAAACCUAACAUUUUGUUUAAAAUAGUGAACUUUCCGCAAAAGUAUUUCAAAAUGAUGUAGAUGCUGUUUAAAAUCAAACAGAAUAUUAGAGAUAUCUCAGAAAUGUUUAUUUCUCUAACAUUCUGGUUUUUAUUUAGAACAGAAUUUUAGAGAUACCUCAGAAAUGUUUAUAUAUCCCUAACAUUCUGUUCAAAAGUUAAAACAAGAUGUCUUCAAUUUUAAAAUACUUCCAGUUUGAUAAUAUGAAUAAUAUGAAUAAAAGAAACGUGUUUUAACAGCGGAGCCGCAAAUUUAAUUUUUGGGGUCAAUACAUUUUAUGUAAGAAAUCAGAAAAAAGAGAAUAAUAAAGAAACUGCACACUAAAUAAUAUUUCUGAACAAAAGAAGUGUUACCCAAAAAACUGCCUGAGGGAAAAACUUCAAUGAAAUUUUCCGGGCUUCCCAAACCAAACCUGGCCACGAUACAGGUGUGGCGUUACUUUUAGGUUAUUGUUAAAGAAUGGUCAUAGGCUUAAAUCGAAAUAUCUUAAAGUUAAAGUUAAAAAGAUAUUAAUGAAUCUAAAUUAACGAACACACAUGCUUUAUUUAUGAUAAUAUAUCUACCAUUGACCCGGUAACUCCUGGUGCACAGGAGGCUGUCAGCCUUUUCAAUAUGAUUGAGUGUGCCUACAUUUGCCUUCUUCUUCAUGAAUUUGUUCGAAGAUUUCUUCAAAUUCUUCAAAUGUCGUCUUUUCAAAAAUUCUAAGAAACUACAGAAAAUGUUUGUGA